CGGAACUCAACGCUAUCGCAGCUGAUCGGCGGCACAGAAAAGAGCGAGACAGCAGACGCGAGUCGGAGCGGGACGGCGAGUUGGGGAGCCGCUGAGUGCGAGCGAGAGAGCUCCACAAUAUAUACAAUAUAUAUACAUAUAUAUAUAUCUGUCUGCGAAAAAGAUCGCUGUGUUUUCCCAUCUCUGUUUUGGUUUGCCAACCCAUAAAACUCAGUUCUUGUGUGGUGUUUUCUUUUUGUGCCUUCAUUUUUUUUGCCUUGGUUUCUGUGACAGCCCUAAAAAGUGGCACAGUGUGUCCCACUCAAGUGUCACCAGCGGGAAAAGUCGGGAAAUUGGGAAAGCGAACGGGAGCGCCUCUGGGAGCGGAUCAACUAAAAAUAGCAGAACAUAAAAGAGAGGGAAUUCUGAAAAAAAGAAGCCAAAAAUAAUUGAAGCGUGGGCAGCAUCCAAAGCGAAGGACAGUGAAGCCAGGCUACACGCCACGUAAUAAUAAUAUAUAUAAAAUAAAGCCCAAAACAAAGGGUAUAAAUCAAAUAAUACAUGAAAUAACUAAAAAUUCCAAGGUUUCAUUUCCCAAAAACUUUUCCCAACACAAAAAUAAAAUAAAACUAAAGUCACAACAAUUUUAGAACACAAUUAAAUACAUAAACAAUAAACAAUCCAAAUCAAACGAAACAAACAGUAGUAAACAAAGGCAACAUGCUCGUUUAUUGAGUGCCGCCUGUACAGACAUAGUUGAGAUAAACAAUAAAUUGGCCAAAGGCCAAAGCAGCUACCAAAAAAAAAACAAGAAGAAGCAGGAGAUCAGCCGUGAAUGAAGAAGAAGAAGCAGCGGCAGAUAAAGGCAGAUCAAACAAGAGAACGGACAACCAACAGGUGGAAGGAAACGGAGACCCCAAAAGAUCAAAAAAAGGAGACCCUAAAAAACCCACUUCAAAGAGACAAUAGCUGAUGAGCUGCGAUGUCCCAGGAAGCUGAAGAUGGGGACGAGGCUCUGCAGGAGGGGGAAGUGGAGGCGGAGGAGGACCCCUUGGCCAAUCUGCUCAGUCUGAAACUGAAGAAGCCACCGCACUGGAACUGGGAGCUGAGCACCUCCCGCAGCUGCAGUAACAUAGCCCUGCCCCGGAUCCUCCUCUACGACCACACGGGCAAUCUCCUGGUGGAUGCCGAUGGCCAGAAGGAGGAGACCUACACAUCCAAGGAGUCCCAGCGACGACGCAAGCGUUCGGCCACCUCCAACCUGAGUCUGGAGCGCAAUUUCCAUGGCCUGCGAAUAGCGGAGGCCACGCCCUCGGUCAUGUCCACGGCCACGCCCAGUUCGAGCCGGGAAAGUGGGCGGCGGAAAACGCACGGCAGCUGCAUUGAUUUCAGCACCCACGAACUGCCCAAUUGGGAGCCAUCGGUGAGCUCCAGGCGAUCCAGUUCCCUGCGCGGCGUUCGCUUCCAGGAGGCCGAGGAUCUGCCCGUCUACCCAACGCCCCCAUCGACCUCCACCCUGAACUCCUCGAGUUCGGGUCCGCGAGAGAAGAGACGCUAUCGCCGCUCGCAGAGUUCCAUCCUCGAGAGGUUCAGUCUGUCGAAGGGACGCCACUCCUCGCCGGAAUUCGCCCAGGAGGAGGAGGAGGUGGUCAAGGCGCCGCGCUACUACCUGCGAACCAGCAAGGCGGGCACCCUGGUCAUCCGCGAGGAGAGCUUCAGUUCCCAGAAGAUGAGGCAUCGCCGGCGUCGUCCGCCCAAGCACUCCUCCAGCGAGAACAUCCUGCAGGAGAGGGAGGGCGAGGGGGAGGAGGAGCAGGAGCCCCAAGGAGCUGCCAGUGUCGUGCAGGCCACGAUACGCAGGAGACCGCAGCAGAGGACACUCUCCACCUCGGAGGACGAAAGGGAUCUGGAGCAGGAGCCACGGAGAUCCAGGGGCAGGCCCAGGAACACCAGCCAACGCAGCUGCGGCAAGGAUGCGGCUCAGGAGCUCAUCACCGUGGAUCCCGAUAAUUGUGUAUAUCGAGCAGCGCCGGGCGCCACCGCACGAUAGAGGAAAAGCUACAAGACCCCAAGAAAGCCACCCAAGACGAAGGGAAAUGGUCUAGGAAAAUACACAAAAAGUCAGGGAAUAAGGGCAGUAUGUGAACAGACAAAACUAGAGUUCCUCCUUGUGAUGUAAGACGAUAAAUCAUAUGAAAAUAAAACAAAUGUAUAGAAAACUCAUUAC